AUGCUAGGCUGGGCCAGACUGAAGAACACACGGGCAAGUGGACGGACGAGGUUUAAAAUGGCCCCGACAUCGGCGACUGUGUCAACCACUGUCACCCCUAACAGCGCGUAUAAGGACAAGUCCUUAAGGGAGAGUAACUCCGGGGGCCCGGGUAGGCGGCGACAGGAGAUGGUAAUCGACACAGAGACGUUCCUUAAUCGAGUUAUGCACCAUCCAAAACAGGAAAGGAAACGUUUGAGUGAAAACUACGAGCCCCCUGUAACUGCACGUGAGGGAUGGUGGCGAAAGGAUAUCAAGGAAACCCCGUUACCUGGUAGUUAUGAAACAGACAAUUUUCUGGAGGAGAUAUUUAAAAAGCCCAACACAUAUAGAUUUAAAUCAGACGGCAGAAGACGGGAGCCGGGUUUGAGAAAUAAAGGGAGUUUACUCCUGCCUGGAGCUUAUCAACAUGAAGACCUAGCAAAAAGGUUACAGAAAAACGUAGCUACGUACAACUUCAAAGCAGUAUCACGGGAUGCCAGAGAUUUCAUGAACCUCGGAAGGAAAGAUAAGGAUAUCAACGUUUGUCCCACGUCAUACUCCGUGGAAAAGCAUCUAACCUUAACAACAGACAAACUGCCAUCGAGUCACUGGUACUUCCGUUCACAAGCUAACCGUUUCCCAACAUUACACUUCAAGCCAAAAGACGGCCCGGGCCCCGGUAACUACGAGCCGACCAUGGUAACCAGUAACGUGAUCAUUGAUAAGCUGGGGACGUCGAGUUUUAGGAGCGGGACACCUCGAUUUAAAUCUGCACAUACGAAAGUGCCAGGUCCCGGCACGUACGAGAGGACAUUCCAAGCUCCGAUGCCUUCUACGAUCACCAAGAUGGGCAGACAACAUGGACUCUUCUUCUCUAGUGCCUUUGAGGCUUAGUGCUGUUGUUGAAAAAAUGUUUUGGGGAUGUCGGGGGAAAGGGCACAUAUAGAUUAUAUAUAGUUUCGAGGAAGGAGUCGGCCAGGGUUGUGGGCUUAAGAGCUGACAGUGGAAAUUUACGUAGUGACUUUAAAAAGUUAGAAGGUAAUGUCAGUUGUUUUAUGGUUUUCAGUGUGCCAAACCAAGACAUUCGUAUCUGAUGCCAACAUACUGUUAUGCGUCGACAUCCUGCAUGAACCUUUGAAAUUUCGUGCUUGUUAUUUAUGUUAUUGAUUUACAGCACACUUUGUUAUCAGAGUAUGUAUAUGUAUAAACGCAGUGCAGCAAGGCCGUGCAUGAGACUCCAUGGGAGACUAACGAUUCCUCUAUGCACGUAGAUGCAUGGGCAGAUAUUUCGACCUCUCCAAGCCCUGUAUAUUUUGUACUCCACCAUGCAGUAUUUGAUCUGACCAGUACAUUUCCUUUUUUCAACCGUUUUGGACACAAGAUCAGAAAACCACUCGAAGCAAUAUUAACAUCGAAUUGGUAUUAUGGAUGGUGUCAAAUGAAUUCGUUUAUUUUGAAAAGGAUGGACCAUUAUCACCGUUGAAGUCUCACUUUGGCUUCCACUUAAAUUAUUUCAUGCCAAACCAGUAUUAUUUGCGUGUCACAUAUUUCGUUGGAAGAACGCGUUCUAUGGUAUUGUUUUGUAUAGUAUUACGUUACGCUUAGUAUUACAAUGGAAGCCUUUUGUUGUGCAAUGUGUGUUCUCUGUUGUAACAUAUUACAUGUAGAAAGUCUAUACUUAGAUGUUAUUUUGUUCGCAUUAAUAGUAAAACGCCAAAGUAUUUUGUAGCGCCCC